CCUUCCCCCUCUCAACUUCCUCUCUGAAAAAAAAUCAAAACGCCCAAAGAUCCAUCACAAUAACCCAAUCUCUAAGAUGUUGAGCAUGCUGAGUCCAUUCACCUGCGGCACCUUCCACUCGGAAGACGAUCAGGACGAGCUCGGAUUUGUCGGAGCCGGUCCCACCAGCCCUUCCUCGACCCCGAGGCGGUCCUUUGCGAGGAGGGCCACCAUCUGCAAGACUCACAACAAGCAUAACAAGAACCCGUACUCCACAAGGGGCCUGGACAAGUUCGAGGCGCUCCUGGCGGACCUUGAGGAGAAGAAGAAGGAGAUUUACACCCAGAACGACCGCAGUGACAUCUCAUUCGUCCGGUUCGCGUACACUAGCUCGAAUGACUGCGUCCCGAUCGUUGUGAAGCUGAAAGACAAGGACAGCCAGUCCAGGAGCCCGCCAAGAGGGGAUGAGGCGACCAAGGACAAGCACGGGACCCAUCAUCCAGAAAAUUCGCAUCAAUCUACAGCUGUGAAGGCAGUCAGUAGUGAACCUAAAGCACCAGGUACCAAUAAGAAGGCCGGCGACAAGAUGAAAGGUUUAUCGUGGAGAUCAUUGAAUCUAGACCAGUGGAGGAGGCCUUCCUACUACAUGCCUGCAGCUAUAAUACUGAUUUUGGUAUUUUUGCUGUUCUUUGGGCGGUCCGUCGCGAUUCUAUGCACAUCCAUCGGUUGGUACAUGGUCCCCACGUUAAGGGGAGGGAGUUCAGGCAGCCAGAAAGCUACCAAGUCGGGGAAGAAGAAAGAGCUCGCCAGAAGAUCGAGCGAGAAUAGGAUUGUAAUUACUCAACGAUCACCGGACAGGUCCCCAAGGCAACAUGGGCACCAGAGAAGCUGGUGAACACGAUGUCGUAGGAUCAAUGCCGCCAAACCUUUCGAGAUUUUGUUCAUUUUGUGGAUACACGUAAAGUUUUUUUAUCCCCCUUUUUUCAGGUAAUCCAUUCGGUUCAUAUAUUAACAGUAGGAUUGGAAAUUAAGUGACCUUUUUGGCAUUUUUGUCGAUUUCAUUGAAAUCAAUGAAUCAUCAAUGUAAAUUAUGAUAUGUAAUCCGGGCAUUGUAAUAACCCACCUAGGAUACAGAAACAGAGCAGCCAUGUCAUGUACCAAUUGUACGGCAUUGCGGUUUUGUUGAGAAUGGUUUGUUCUAAAAAUGGACUGCUGAUAAAUUUCGUGAACUGUUUAUGAGGUAUUUUUUAUUCGUCA